AGACCUCCGUAGUUACGCCAUCAGUUAGAGGAAACAUGGCGGCCGCCCUAGCAAGGAGGAUGUGUGGGCUGCUGAGGCCGCUGUCUGUCUCCCUGUGUGCAAAGACACCGCAGCGCUGUCAGCUGUCCAGCCUCAUCCAGCCCACAGCUCUCUGCAGCUCAGCCGCGGUCUGCGCUCCUCUGCGGGCUGCGGUGUGUCAGACACCCCGGUACAACAUCCUGCAACGGGUAUCAUCACUCACUCCCAGUUUGACUCAACAACCAUGCAGAAGUCUGACGUACAUCAGUCUGAAGAAGGGGAAGAGGAAGAGUGUCAAAUCUGUGACAGACAGGUUCAUGAGGCUGCAUUGUGGCCUUUGGAUCAGACGCAAGGCUGGACACAAGAAGAAACUGUGGAAGAAGAAACCUGCCAGACGAAAGCGCCUGAGGGAGCAUGUAUUCUGUAACAAAACACAGAGCAAGCUUUUGGAUAAAAUGACAACCUCUUUUUGGAAAAGGAGGAACUGGUAUGUGAAUGAUCCAUACCUGAAGUACCACGACCGGGUCAACCUCAAAGUGUAAUCUGCUGAUUCGUGUAGUGACAUGCUGUUGUCUGUUUGAACCUAAUGUAAUAAUGUUAUAUACAUAAUAAAAUCACAUGUUUCAAAUGA